GACGGCCCGGCGCAGCCUGGCCCGGGGGGUGGUUGGCUGGCUGGGGCACGGCGGCCGCUCCGCUCCCCGCUGGCCGGGGCGGGCAAGACAAGACAAGGCAGGGCAGGGCGGGUCGCACCGCACCGCACAGCCGAGGAGGCGGGCCGCCCUAGGCAGAGAGCUGCGGGUAGCAGCAGCUGGCACUUCUGUCCCGUCCUCGGCUGGUCCUGCUGCGCGCUCAGGAGUGCCACAGUAAACUAAAGGCAUGAAAUAUCUGUAAUGGAAUUCUGCUUUUGAUCAAGCUGUUAAAAAUGGAUAUGAACAUUUUCUCUUGUGAGUUUCUGAUAAAUGGACACUGACAUGGACUACGAAAGACCCAACGUUGAAACUAUCAAGUGUGUGGUGGUUGGAGAUAAUGCAGUGGGGAAAACUCGUCUAAUUUGUGCAAGAGCGUGCAAUACAACCUUGACUCAGUAUCAGCUGCUGGCAACUCACGUACCAACUGUCUGGGCCAUUGAUCAGUACCGUGUCUGCCAAGAGGUCCUUGAACGCUCAAGAGAUGUUGUGGAUGAAGUGAGUGUUUCUCUCAGGCUGUGGGAUACAUUUGGGGACCACCACAAAGACAGACGCUUUGCUUAUGGAAGGUCUGAUGUAGUUGUUCUAUGCUUUUCAAUUGCUAAUCCUAAUUCCCUGAAUCAUGUGAAAACGAUGUGGUAUCAAGAAAUCAAGCAUUUCUGUCCUCGCACACCUGUCAUUCUGGUGGGCUGCCAGCUAGAUCUCCGCUAUGCAGAUCUUGAGGCUGUUAACAGAGCCAGACGCCCUUUGGCAAGGCCAAUCAAAAGAGGCGACAUUUUGCCACCAGAAAGAGGCAGAGAGGUUGCUAAGGAGCUUGGGAUACCAUAUUAUGAAACCAGUGUAUUUGACCAGUUUGGGAUUAAAGAUGUGUUUGACAAUGCAAUUAGAGCUGCCCUGAUCUCCAGAAGACACCUGCAGUUCUGGAAAUCCCACUUGAAGAAGGUCCAAAAACCUUUGCUUCAGGCUCCAUUCCUACCUCCAAAAGCUCCUCCUCCAGUUAUCAAAAUUCCUGAGUGUCCAGUACUGAGCAUGAAUGAAGCUGGAUAUUUAUUGGACAGCCCUCUGUGUGCAGAUGUUAUGUUUGUUCUCCAGGAGCAGGACUAUAUUUUUGCUCACAAGAUAUACCUAGCUACCUCCUCUUCUAAGUUUUAUGACCUUUUCUCAAUGGAGUGUGAGGACAGUCCAGAGUUGGAUGAAACACCGUGUAAUAAAGAAAAUACAAACAAGGAUGUUCUGACAAGUCACUUUGAGCCAACUAGUGUCUGUGAUGACAUAACCUUGAAAGCUGCUGAUGUUAAAAUCCCCCCAUCAGAAAGUACUGACUCUUUAAAAACACCAGAGCCUGAACUUGGUGAAAUAAAUUCUGUAUCAAGAUCUCCACCAUCAUGGGGUAAGGGGUUUGUUAGUGUGCAUAAGGAAAUGCAAGUGAAUCCUGUCUCAAACAGGACGUGUCCUGUAACUGUGGUAAAAAUGGAUUCAUCUGUGCAGGCUGGACCUUUUAAAACUGUUUUGCAGUUCUUAUACACGGGACAGCUGGAUGAAAAUGAAAAAGAUCUCACAAGACUGGCUCAGAUUGCUGAAAUCUUGGAAGUAUUUGAUUUGCGAAUGAUGGUGGAGAAUAUUAUGAAUAAAGAAGCCUUCAUGAAUCAAGAGAUCACUAAAGCAUUUCAUGUCAGGAAAGCUAAUCGGAUAAAAGAGUGCCUUUACAAAGGGACCUUCUCAGAUGUGACAUUUAAAUUGGAUGAUGGAACCAUAAACGCCCACAAGCCACUGCUGAUCUGUAGCUGUGAAUGGAUGUCUGCUAUGUUUGGAGGAUCAUUUAUUGAAAGCUCAAACAGUGAGGUAGUUCUUCCCAACAUAAACAAGACUUCCAUGCAAGCAGUUUUAGAUUACUUGUAUACCAAGCAGCUGUCCUCCAGUCAGGAACUGGACACACUUGAGUUAAUUGCUUUGGCAAAUAGAUUUUGCCUUCCUCACCUGGUUGCGCUAGCAGAACAGCAUGCAGUACAGGAGCUGACAAAAGCCUCCAUGAGUGGUGUUGCAAUAGAUGGAGAAGUCCUAGCUUAUCUGGAACUGGCUCAGUUUCACAACGCUAACCAGCUGGCAGCUUGGUGCUUGCAUUACAUUUGCACCAAUUAUAACAGUGUUUGCUCCAAAUAUCGCAAGGAAAUCAAAGCUAAAUCUUCAGAUAAUCAAGAAUAUUUUGAGAGACAUCGCUGGCCUCCUGUGUGGUAUUUAAAAGAAGAAGAUCACUACCAGCGAGUUAAAAAAGAAAGAGAAAAGGAAGAUGUUGCACUGAAUAAACACCAUUCGAGGCGGAAGUGGUGCUUCUGGAAUUCCUCUGCUGUAGUUGCCUGAACAAAAGGCAAGGUAGUACAGUCAAAGGCCUGUACUGUAGGAAAGGCUUUGGACUGAAAGCCAUAUACACCUCUACAUGUUUGCGUUCCGAAUGGACUUGUUCUUGGCAGAUGCUACCACAGGAUGGUAGAAGCCAGCCAGCGUGGAAGGAAAUGCUGCUUUACAAACUUUUAUAAGGCAAGCAAGUGGCAGAUUCUCACCCCCAUAAGAUUCAUCACCAUACAGUGAUAAAGAAGGGCUACACGUGAUGGUCGCGAAUAUGUCUCCUAAGUUCUUGGUCAGAGAUAAUGUAGAUUGUGGUAAAGAAGAAUGAAUGCUGGAAGACAUGUCAAGACUAAGGUGAGAUAAAUACCUUUUGUCAUAAAAUGUUAACCAGUCACAUUUUAAGUAUUGCUACUAGGUUUUACACAACCAAAGCUGUGUGAUUGUAAUCUUGCCAAACUGUAAUGGAUAUAUAAAAUGAACCUGAGGUAUAUGCAAUAAUACACAGUUGUGCUAGUUAUCAGCUACUAUAACCAAGUGGCUGGUUCAUUUGGUUAAUGCUGUCUAUGGCCUUUAAUCUUGAUGGUUAUUUUGUGUUUUUUAUUUUGCAAAAGUCAAUAAAAUUGUUUAGUUACAAA